AUGUGGAUCUUAGGGAAUCCAGUGAAGAUUGAAGGGCAACAGGCAUAUUGGCAUUGCAAAGACAGAGUGGCUAAACCUAAGGGAGCUCCUACUUCUCAGGUUAAUCUCUCAACCUUUGAUGAAGAUUCUAUUGGUAAAUCUAGAUAUGUAAAGCUUACAUCAAAGCAUACAGGGCGUCCUGAUCUUGUAAGUGCACAAAUUGUGGUCACUGGAGGGUGUAUGUUAAAAGGUGCAUAGAACUUUAAAACAACAGAGAAGCUUUUGGAAAAACUUGGUGCUGCCGGUACAUCAACCAUAACACUUACUUCCAUUGCCUAGGACUGAAUUUUUCAUAGUACUUGCCAUUCUAGUUGUCAUUACUUUUUGGGAAAAGAGAAGUUUCAUCUUUUUAAAUUCCUACCGGCAUUAAAGAGCUUAAUAGUGA